GUCGCCGCUCCUGACAACAGGGUGCCCGCGGCCGGGCUGCAGGGGGUCGCUGCUUGAAGGGCUUGUGUGAGGGAUGAGGGAAAGGCUGUUGGAUUUUGUUCUUUACAGCCUCCAAAAAUAUCUGGCCCUGAGAAGCUGUUUUCACAUGAGAGUUUCCUCUGUGGGGUGCCCUAGAUUUUGGUGGGAGAUGAGGCUCCUUCUCCUUUGCCUUUUUCUGGAAGCAGAAGCACGUUUGCCGCUGCCGCAGGUGUGUGGCGACGUUCUUUUGCUCAUGGGAGGCUGCAAACAGUAACAGACUGUUGACUGCCAGGUUUGAAUGCCUUGUUCUCCUGUGUGAAAUACAAAAUCUUGCAAGAGGUCAGAGGUUUGAAGUCCAGGCAGAAGGGCUGGUUAAGCUGUUAAUGCAGGUCAGGUCAGGUGCUUUUUUUUUUUUUUUAUUAUUGCUGGUUAUAUUGCUGUACUCAAACAGUGGGGCUGUCUGUCAAACGUGAAGCGCAGUUAGCAGGAUCAAGGGUUACUCAGGUGCUCGUCUCUGUGUAACUUGGAACACCGGACAGGGAUCACACUAAAUCGUCAGAUUGUUGAGUAACUCGGGCUGUAGAGUAACUCAGGGGCCUUUAGAGGCCACCAGGCCCAGCUCCCUACUCAAAGCCUGGCUGGCUUCAAAGUUGCAUCAAGUUGCCUGGGGCAUCCUCCAGUCCAGACUUGAAUUGGGAGUUUCAUCACGCUAAUUACCAGUAAUCUGUGUGCACAGCUGAAAGCCUUGGGACGAAUUUGGCAGGAUGAAGCCUGUCAUUGUGGUGCAUGGUGGAGCUGGCCGGAUUUUUAAAGAACGAGAAGAGGGAAGUCGUGCCGGUGUUGUCAGGGCUGCACUGCGAGGUUAUGGCGUCCUGAAACAGGGAGGCAGUGCCUUAGAUGCUGUUGAGGAGGCAGUACGAUCAAUGGAAGAUGAUCCUCAUUUUAAUGCAGGCUGUGGAUCUGUUCUAAAUGAAAAAGGUGAAGUAGAAAUGGAUGCCAUUAUCAUGGAUGGAAAAAAUUUAGACUCUGGAGCAGUAUCUGCAGUUAAAUGCAUAGCAAACCCAAUAAAACUUGCUCGACUUGUCAUGGAAAAGACGAAGCACAUGCUCCUGACUGACCAUGGUGCACACCUGUUUGCUCAGGCCAUGGGUAUUCCUGAGACUCCAGGGGAGAAACUCAUAACUGAGAGAUCCCGGGAUAGAUGGAAGAAGAACCUUGAGCCAGAUUCCAACCCUGAAGAGUUUCAGAAAGACCUUGGAACAGUUGGAGCCGUUGCUGUAGACCGUGAAGGAAAUGUAGCUUGUGCAACAUCCACUGGAGGACUCUCUAAUAAGCUGAUUGGCCGUGUUGGUGACACAGCAUGCAUAGGAAGUGGAGGUUAUGCUGAUAACCGUUCUGGUGCCACUUCGACCACAGGACAUGGGGAGAGCAUUAUGAAAGUGGUCUUAGCCCGACUGAUCCUCUAUCACAUGGAGCAAGGAAUGUCACCAGAGAUGGCUGCUGACACUGCAUUAGACUACAUGAAGAUGCGAGUUGGGGGACUAGGAGGUGUCAUUGUUGUUAACAGUUCAGGAGAGUGGGCAGCAAGGUUCUCCACUAAGCAGAUGUCCUGGGCUACUGUAAAGGAUGACCAGCUGCAUUACGGGAUUUAUGCUGGAGAGAGGCAUACAAAAUCUGUUGACGAAGCGCUUAUGUCUGAAAGUGAGGGAUUCUGAGAAUGAAGAAACAUCAACUGAGGAAAAGUGAUCUCCAGUUUUUGCUGGAGGACAGUGACAGUUGAUUUCAUCUUUCUGAAAAAUCUGUACUUUUGAUUGGUUCACAGGCAUUGCCACAUUUACAGUCAAAAUGAAAUAUGGACAUAGAUCUCCAGUGGUCAUGGAUACAUGUAUAGUGUUUAAGACCUUCAGGAAGUCAGGAGAGCUUCUCUUUCUAGAUAAGAGAGAAUGGUCAGUAGGUUUCUUGGUUAGCACGCCUUUGUCCUACAUUAAAGGGAGCCUGAGUUUCAGUAUUAGAUGAACUCCUUUCUGUGCCCAUUCUCAGAGACUGCUGCCAGGAUGAUUUGAGACAUAAAUACCUAUUAACUAAAAACUGAAUUUUGAAAAUUGCAUCACCCUCCAGAGUCUUCUGAGCGGUCACCCAUGAUAAUGAGUGCUAACUGUCAGUGAAAUACCACCGAGCGGCAGUGAAGAGUUAAGGCUACAUCACUGUCACAGGCUUGAGAUAACCGUCAGGGGAAAUAGUAAUGAAGUAAAGAAAAUAACUUGUCUCCAGAGAUGGGAAACGUGAUGCUUUCAAAGGAGUUCUUUUUAUUCCAUUCAUUGACGUGAGACUUACAAUUAAAAAACAGGUCGCAACGAAGUAGGCUACAAUAGUGAACAGCAAAGAUAUUACUGACUUGAUAUCUAGGGUAAUAAUAAAGAAGGUCAUGAUUUCAAUAAAUAUAAAUAAACCAGCAAUUUUUGCUACUCAAAUACAAAGGUGAUAAGCGCCUUUUAAGUCUAAACGUCAGACAGAUGAUGAUUAACUGGAAAAAAUAAUUAUCUACAAUCAAGUGAUAAAAGCAAGCUAUACUAGAACAAAACUGCCCCUUAACAAGCUUCUUGUGUGAAGUCAAUAAUUUUCUGGAGAGGUUUUCUUGUUAAAAAAUAAUUGCUGUUCUGCAUUACCUCUAAUACAGUUUCUUCAUUAAGAUUUCGUAUUUUUAAAAGAAAGCAUAAUUUCUUUUUCCUUUUUUCUGACUUAACUACAUAACUUUUGGGGCUAAACCUGUGUGAUAAUUUUAUGGAUUUUAGCUGGUCACUAGGUUUCCUCUGUGGACAGAUUUGUAUGUUAUAAUUGCCUGUCAUCAUAAUGUUCCCUUUACAAGAUAACACAAAUAAACAGCAAAAAUCUUAAAUCAUA